GCCAAUAGACUCGUUGACCCAGCAUCGAUCUUUGGCGUCUCUUGCUCUCAGCGAUGCUGUCAGAAGAAACGCCUAGCGAUGGAGGGGUUGGGCGUGUUGACGGUUCUCGCAAUAUAUCUUCAACUUACAUGGGGAUACACGACUCCUGCGGGUGAUCUGCUCUGCGGCCGCGAUUAUUGCGUGGAACAAGAUGGCGUUUACUGUGACGCCAAGUCAAAGACCUGCAAGUGCCCGCCCGAUAUGAUUGGGAACGGACGCGUACAGUGUGUUGAUCCCAAGAAGACAUGCUUGUGUACCAUUCAUGGGGACCCGCACAUCAUCAAUUUCGGCUAUGACUCUUUCACAUUUCCGCUUCCGUGUCAUCACGUGCUUGCUGACUUUGUGACGCCGCCCUCCCGACGGACGCCGGGGGGAUGUAAAGUGGUCAUCUCGGGCAGGGCAACGUACCCUGACAAUGGGAAGAAUACCAUCUAUUCUUUUGAACGUCAGGUCGAGAUUGUGGUAACAACCACUGCCAACGUAUUUGCUGCUAUUCUCAACGAAAAAGGCUUCGCAUGGAAAAAACUCCGUCGUGUGGGACCCAGGAGGCGCAGGUCAAGAAUAGGUAGGCUCGUAGUCCAGACUGGACAUGACUUCAGCGACUUCUUCUACCUCCACGUCAUGCCAUGCGACAUCACCGUCAAAUUUCGAGACUAUGACGGAUUUUUCGCAGUGUCCAAACCUAUUGGUUCCGUGGGCAUGUCUGGCGUUUGCGGGUCGUGCAACUCCGCCAUCACGCCAUCGGACAAGGCCAACAAACUCCCGGACAAGACAGUGAUGGAACGCUAUCUUAAAUCUCUCUCGAACGUCAGCCCUAUCGAUGGAUCCCCAGCGAAUCAGUACCCAUCCUGCACAGAUUUGACCGACCUCCAGAAGUCGUGUCCCGCUGACAAGAAGGCGGGAGCUGUUGAGCUGUGCAGUAUGCUGUUGCAGGAUUUAAAGACCAAUGAAUGUCUUGUGAAAGUAGCUGGCACCAAGGGCGUGGAAGAUCGCUUCGUGGCGUGCUUCAAGAGUGUCUGUGGUGGCGCCGCACCUUGUGGCCUCAUCGCUCAAGCCUUCCAAGGCUGCGCAGACACGCCCGUGGUCAAGGCAUAUCAGGCCAAGUGCAAGUGACCAUCGUCAUAAUAAUAGUAAUAAUAAUGACAUCAUUGUUAACUGCUUUAAACACUGUAGAGCGGAAAUAGGAUCUUUUCUAUUAACUGCUUAGUAUUAUGUCUGUGCUACUGUAACUUCCGUCUGUCCAUGCUCAUUUCUGUUCAAUUGAAAGAAUAACAUUAUGAAAGGAAAAAUGUAAUAUCUGCCAUGUUGCAUAAAUUGUAAUAAUUCGUUGUUAUGUUUGAAAUAUUAAUAAACAAUGACAGACAUAA